AUGGCAAUAGGAAGUGAGAGCAAUAGCGACAGGAAUCCAUCCAGCAGUGCCUCUGGCUCUCACACUCCACCCACCUCAUCCUCUAUCUCCCCUAUACAACGUAUCAAACUUGCAAAGAGAGUGGGUCCAUGGGGAAGAUGCACAGGUAAUUGUGGACCAGGUGGUAUUCAGACCCGAAGAGUGUGGUGCUUUCAUCUAGAAGGUUGGACAAGUCUUCUGUCAAACUGUGAAGAAACUGAUAAACCUGAAAAGGAGAGAAGCUGUUUUAGAGUAUGUGACUGGCAUGGUGAACUCUUUGAGUGGGAGAUAUCAGAGUGGCAGAUCUGUGUGCUGGCUCCAGUUCAUGGUGAAGUCAAACCCAGGACUUCUGAGUGUGUGACAGCCCAGCAUGGACUCCAACAUCGGACAGUACGUUGUAUUCAAAAACUGAAUCGAACUGUGGUUAUCAGUGAAAUUUGUGAAUAUUUUGCACCUCAGCCACCCACAGAACAAGCUUGCCUCAUUCCUUGUCCCCGGGAUUGUGUUGUGUCUGAGUUCUCUCCGUGGUCUGUUUGCAGCAAGGGGUGUGGGAAGAAGCUGCAGCACAGGACUAGAGCAGUCAUUUCUCCCCCACUCUAUGGAGGUGUGGUGUGCCCAAAUCUCACGGAAUCAAGGGCCUGUGACUCUCACAUCUCCUGUCCCCUUGGGGAAGAGGAAUACAUAUUUAGUCUUAAAGUUGGACCUUGGAGUAAAUGUAGACUGCCUCAUCUUAAGGAAGUUAGUUUAAGUGGAAAGACUAUUCUGGACUUUAGCUCUGAUUCAAAAGAGUGGGUCACAUUUAAGCACCAAGGCUAUAAGCCUCACCAUCAUUCCAAGUCAUGGGAUAUAGAAAUAGGUUAUCAAACAAGACAGGUUCGAUGUACAAGAAGUGAUGGGAAAAAUGCCAUGUUAAGCCUUUGUAUGCAAGACAACUUCCCCUUGACUGUUCAAUCCUGUGUCAUGCCAAAAGACUGCGAAACCACAGACUGGUCAUCUUGGAGUCCUUGCUCUAAGACCUGUCAAUCAGAGGAUCUUUCCCCAGGAUUUAGGAGUAGGAGCCGAAGUAUAAAACAUAUUGCCAUAGGAGGUGGACAGGAAUGCCCUGAACUACAUGAAAGAGAGGCCUGCAACCUUGGAGGAGAACUUCUGCAGCUAUGUUCUAGAUAUUCUUGGAAGACAUCUGAAUGGAAAGAAUGCCAAGUAACUCUUCUUCUAGAACAGCAAGAUCCUCAUUGGCACAUAACUGGACCCCUAUGUGGAGGUGGAAUUCAAACUCGGGAAUUGUACUGUGCUCAGAGUACCACAAAAUUUUCAGGACAGCGAUCAAAGGAAGUGUCUAGGCCUGUGGACAAGAAAUUAUGCCUAGGACCUGCUCCUCCAACCUCUAGACUAUGCAACAUUCCUUGCUCUACAGAUUGUAUGGUUUCUUCCUGGUCAGCUUGGAGCCUUUGUGUUCAUGAAAACUGUCAGGAUCCUCAAGGGAAAAAAGGAUUUAAAUUGAGACAGCGCCAUAUCCUCAUGGAAUCCACAGGACCUGAUGGGAAUUGUCCACAUUUGAUGGAAUCUGUUCCCUGUGAUGAUCCAAUGUGCUAUCAGUGGAUGGUUUCAGAAGGGGUCUGUAUUCCUGAUCAUGGAAAAUGUGGCUCAGGACAUCAUAUUCUGAAAGCUGUCUGCAAGAAUGAUAGAGGAGAUGAAGUAUCAGGCAAUCUAUGUCUAGCGCCUCCUCCUCCAGAACGGAUGGCUUGUGAAAUACCCUGCCGAAUGGAUUGUGUGGUUAGUGAGUGGACAGAAUGGUCAGCCUGUUCCCAGUCCUGCUCUAAUAAAAACACCGAGGGGAAGCAGACACGGACCAGAACUAUACUAGCAUUGGCAGGAGAUGGUGGAAAACCAUGUCCUCCUCUUCAAGCCCUACAAGAAUAUCGUUUGUGCAAUGAUCAUUCUUGUACACAUUUCUAUUGGGAUACAUCGCCUUGGGGUUCCUGCUCUGAAGAUACCCUGGUAACAGCCCUUAAUGCAACCAGUACCUGGAAUGGAGAAGCCACUUGUGGUGUGGGCAUUCAGACUCGCAAGGUUUUUUGCAUGAAAAGUCACAUGGGGCAGGCCAUGAUUAAAAGAUGCCCAGAUUCUACCCGACCUGAAACAGUCCGUCCUUGUCUCCUCCCAUGCAAAAGAGACUGUGUUGUGACACCUUUCAGUGAAUGGACUCACUGUCCCACUUCAUGUCAACAAGAAAAUGGCACAUUAAUAAAACAGUCCAGAUAUAGGAUUGUCAUUCAAGAGGCUAUGAACGGAGGACAAGAAUGUCCAGAUACCUUGUUUGAAGAAAGGGAAUGUGAAGAUGUCACAUAUUGUCCUGUAUACCGUUGGAAGCCUCAUAAAUGGAAUUCAUGCAUUCUGGUGCCAGAAUCUGUCAGGCAAGGGAUGACAGUCAUCAGUGAAGCUUGUGGAAAGGGUUUACAAACAAGAGCUGUCACAUGUCUGUCUGAUAAUAAUCAGUCUGCAGAAAUGGUUGACUGCCUUAAGUGGGCAGGGGACAUGCCUCCCCUUGUGCAAGAGUGUUACAUCCCCUGCCGAGAUGACUGUAUGUUCACUCCUUGGUCAAAAUUCACCCCAUGCUCAACAGAUUGUGACACAGUGAGGACCCGCCGCCGACAGUUGACAGGGAAGAACAGAAAGAAGGAAAAAUGCCAGAAUGUUGAAAUUUAUCCUCUAGUUGAAACAGAGGCCUGCCCUUGUGAUGUAUUCACAGCCCAACCCAAUGGAAAUUGGUCUGAGUGCAUUCUUCCAGAGGGAAAAAAGGAGUCUCAACGGGGCAUAAGAUUGCAUGGAGAUACAAAAGCCUGUGGAAAAGGAGUGCGCCUACAAGCCAUAAUUUGUUCUGAUAAAAAUGGACGGCUUGUUGACCCAUCUUAUUGCAGCAGCUCUGGUAAGGGGAUGAAUGAAUGA